AUGGGUUUUGCUGUUUUUCUCCUAGCUGUCUCUCUAUUCUUGUCGAGAGAAAAAUGGGUUCUUGGAAAUACUGAGAUUAGCGUACUCAUGGAUAUGAAAGCUUCUUUAGACCCACAAGGCAGGCACCUCACUUCAUGGACCAUUGAUGGUAGGCCAUGUGCUGGUUCAUUUGAAGGUGUUGCUUGCAAUGAGAAAGGUCAAGUGGCUAAUAUUUCAUUGCAAGGAAAAGGGCUUUAUGGGAAGGUGUCUCCUGCUAUUGCUGGGUUAAAGCACUUGACUGGUUUAUACCUGCAUUAUAAUUCUUUGUAUGGAGAGGUACCAAGAGAAAUAGCUAACUUGACUGAGCUAAGUGAUUUGUAUUUGAAUGUGAAUAAUCUGUCUGGGGAGAUACCUCCUGAGAUUGGAAAAAUGGCCAAUUUGCAAGUUUUGCAGCUCUGUUAUAACAAGUUCACAGGAGGUAUACCUACUGAGCUGGGGUCUUUGGAGAAGCUUACUGUUCUUGCUUUGCAGGGAAAUCAUCUCAGUGGAGCAAUCCCUGCGAGUUUAGGGGAUUUGGGGGUGUUAAUGAGGCUAGAUUUGAGCUACAAUCACUUCUUUGGUUCGAUUCCAACAAAAGUAGCUGAUGCUCCUCUGCUUGAAUUUCUAGAUAUACGAAAUAACAAACUCUCUGGCAAUGUUCCUCUAGCUCUAAAGAGAUUGAAUGAUGGAUUCUUGUAUGGAAAUAACACGGGAUUAUGUGGAGCUGGGUUUAUGUCUUUGAGGGCUUGCAAUGCUUCGGGUCUUAAUCCAAGAGGACCAGAACCCUUUGGAACAGGUGUAAAUGGCCUGCCAAGAGAGAUCCCAGAAACAGCAAAUUUGCGGUUGCCUUGCAACCAAACUCGGUGUUCAAACCCAUCCAAGUCUCAUCACGCAUCGGCUGCUGUUGUCACAGUUGUUGUAACUAUUUUACUGGUGGCCAUAGGAAUUCUGGCAUUUACUCAGUAUCGCCGCCGGAAACAGAAGCUUGCUAGCUCAUAUGAAAUUUCUGAUAGCCGCCUAAGUACUGACCAGGCAAAGGGGGUUUACAGGAAUAAUGGCUCUCCUCUAAUCAGUCUUGAGUAUCCUAAUGGAUGGGACCCUUUAGCUGAUGGCAGGAAUUUAAGUGGGAAUGCACAAGAUGCCUUUCAGAGCUUCAGGUUCAACUUGGAAGAGGUGGAGACUGCUACACAGUACUUCUCUGAGGUAAAUUUGUUGGGUAAAAGUAACUUUUCUGCAACAUACCGAGGAAUUUUAAGAGAUGGGUCUACUGUUGCUAUCAAGAGCAUUAGUAAAAGCAGCUGCAAGUCGGAGGAAGCUGAGUUCUUGAAGGGGUUGAAUACUUUGACAUCACUGAGGCAUGAGAACUUAGUGAGGUUGAGAGGAUUCUGCUGUUCAAAGGGCCGAGGAGAGUGCUUUCUCAUUUAUGAUUUUGUUCCCAAUGGUAACUUGCUGAGGUAUCUUGAUGUGAAGGAUGGGGAUGGCCAUGUGCUUGAGUGGUCCUCCAGAGUUUCGAUUGUCAGGGGUAUCGCCAAAGCUUUGUUCAUUUCCCGAGCAGGUAUAGCAUAUUUGCAUGGGUACAAAGCAAACAAACCUUCUCUGAUCCACCAAAACAUUACUGCCAAAAAGGUCCUCGUCGACCAGCGAUGCAAUCUGUUGCUCGCAGAUUCUGGCUUGCAGAACCUUCUUACAAAUGACAUUGUGUUCUCAGCACUCAAGACCAGUGCUGCCAUGGGGUACCUAGCUCCUGAGUACACUACCACAGGCCGGUUCACAGACAAAAGUGAUGUCUAUGCAUUUGGAGUGAUCAUUUUCCAAGUUCUUUCAGGGAAGCGAAAAGUGACUAACUUGGUACGUCUUGGAGCAGAUGCAUGCAGAUUCCAAGAUUAUAUCGACCCCAAUCUCCAUGACAGAUUCUUUGAAUACGAAGCAGCUAAGCUUGCCAGAAUUGCUUGGCUUUGCACUCACGAAUCUCCUAUCGAAAGACCAUCUAUGGAAGCAGUUGCUCAUGAACUAGGUAACUGUAGCAGCACCAUUUAG